UCGCCACUGCCUCCAUUUUGUCGGUAGAGGCAGGAGGAGGAAGUCGUCGGGACGCCGAGGUGGUGGUAGCUAGGUCAUCCGUGCUUGUGGGCUUUGUUCUUUCCGUGCCUCGUCUCUCCCUGGAAGGGGAGGGGGCUUCGUCGCUGAGGAGGAUCCGUAGCUACAGUCCGAACUUGAAGUCUUGAAGUCGCUAGGACUUCUCCCAAACUUGUGUGCUGAGGAGACUCAGAUGUUGGCCUCGGCUCCUAAGCUGGACUCAGCAGAUUGGCCCAUGAAAACGUCUGUUUUGAGACAAAGGAAAGGAUCUGUCAGAAAGCAACAUCUAUUCUCCUGGGCUUGGCAACAAGGAAGAGGACAGAGAGUGGGAAUCCUGCAAUCUGAAAAACAGACUGAAAGGUGACAAAGAAGCUGAAGAUGGGUGGUGGAGAGAGGUAUAACAUUCCAACUCCUCAAUCUAGAAAUGUUACUAAGAACCCACAACAACUUAAUAGACAGAAGACCAAGGAUCAAAAUUCCCAGAUGAAGAUUGUUCAUAAGAAAAAAGAAAGAGGACAUACUUACAACACAUCAGCAGCUGCAUGGCAGGCCAUGCAGAAUGGGGGGAAGAACAAAAAUUUUCCAAAUAAUCAAAAUUGGAACUCUGGCUUAUCAAGUCCCAGCUUACUUUUUAAGUCUCAAACCAACCAGAACUAUGCUGGAGCCAAAUUCAGUGAGCCGCCGUCACCAAGCGUACUUCCUAAACCACCAAGCCACUGGGUUCCUGUCUCCUUUAACCCUUCUGAUAAGGAAAUAAUGACAUUUCAACUUAAAACCUUACUUAAAGUCCAGGUAUAAAGUAAGAUAAAGUACUAAUGUUUAAAUUUAGUAAUAAUUAAGGGUAGUUGUCAGUUUCAUACCAAAUUCACUAGGGUAUUAAUGUCUAUAAAACUGCUAAUUAAUGUAGAAAAGACAAUUAGACUUCAUCUGGUUUUGUGUUGUGCACUGUGAUAUGUAAUGGUAUUAUCAGUGCCACUUAAAAUAACUAAAUUGCUGAUAACUCUACUUUUUAUCAAGUGUUCUCAAUUGCGCAACUCCUAGGUGAAAGCAAGUUUAGAUUUGGGAAAUGGUAAGUAAAGGAAUCAACUUUUUCUAUUGCUUGUUUGGGUAGAAUACUGAUUGAAGACUAUCAAGUCAGAAUUACUUGCUGAAAGCCAGUGAAUCUGAUUAUAAGCAUCUUGUUAAGACAGGAAAUGAGAAUUAGUUGAGUAUUGAAAGUUUUGUGUCCUAGAAACACCUAAACCAGUAAUAUGCCAACAAUCUGAUGUACUGCCAAAAGAAAAUGUGAAUUUUCCUUACGGAAUACUUGAGCAGUUUAGUGAUCCGAUUGGUGGUGAAUGUGGAAGGGGCACUAGGAGCAAUUCAGAAUGAACAGUGUUUCUCAUGUGCAGUGGAUAAGUGACUGCAAAAAAAAGUGCCAAAACCAUUUUUAUAGAAUCAAUUGGUGGGCAGAGUAGCUUUCAAAGUGCUUUUUUUUUUAAAAAAAAGCACUGCACAGGCUAUUCUGUGAUCUGGCCUCAAAUCAUCCCUGCAAAGCUUGCUUAAAAUAGGGAGCUACAUAAUGUGAAAGUUUUGAGUACGUAGGAAAGAGCCAUGUAAAUAUAUGUAAUAAACUUGUAGCAUAUGUAAAGUUUUGGCAUUUAUCCUACAAAAAUAAAGAGUAUUUUAGUAUAAAUUUGUUGAAUGUAAGACCAUAGACUCUUUUUAUGCCUAUGGCCUAAUUUUAAAGGUCCAGAAUAAUUUGUUUUUAAAGCCUGCCCUUGUGCUAAAGUGCCAGUGUAUGUAUGUUAAAAUUGAUCUGGUUGUAAACUAUAUUUCAAUAAAUACUAGUGUAAUAAGUUUUAUAUAACUGAAAAGGUUUUAAAGCUGCUAAAACACUUCCUAUUUUUAAGAGAUGUGAAAUGCAGUAUGGGACUAUUUUAAUUUUUAUUCCUUAAACCCAAAGAUUAACUAUUAAAGGGUCCAUCCAACUUUAAAAAUUCAUACUGGCUUUGAACAAUUUUUGUAACUUAGGAUACAUAGAUUAAUGCCAGUGGGGUUUUUUUGGUCACCAGUAAGUGCAACCAAGGGACCACUUACUGAAAUGAUGUGAUUGCUUGCAUAAUACCUUGAUAACAUUUUACCCACCUUUAGAAAUAAAUGCUAAGUAUAACAUUAACUCAGUAGUUAAAAAUGUGGGGAUUAAUUAAAAAUUUGAUGGUAACUGCCCUGUUUUCUAAUUUGGUGGCUUUUUGAAUAUUUUAAAGCAGAAUGGCCGGUUUGUAUUUUUCCAAAUAAAUUCAGGCAAGAUAAUAUUGCUCAAGUCAAAUAAUUAUAUCCUAAGACAAGUUUAUAUAGUACUUAAUGUGCACAUAUGAAUUUGAAGCAUGAAAUUAAAAUAAAACUGCUUUUUCUCCCCA